UAUUUUUCUGCUUUAACUAUUUUUUGUCGUGAAAAAAAAAAAUUCUUUUUUUUUUUUCUCAUUUUUAUUUUCUUCAUUAAGUUACUGAGCAAAAAAAAAAUAGUUAUAGGAAAAAUUAAAUAAAAUAAAUUAAGAUGAAAUAUUUUCGCUUGUUGGCUAUUAUUUUGGCCUUGAAUUUAUUUUCCACGGUUAGGACUGCUCCAUUAGAAAAUGAUGUAGAAAAAGUAGAGGAAAAAGAAGAUUACAGAUUACCAACAAAUGUUGUACCAACAAACUAUAAUUUGACAAUUAAACCAUAUAUUCUUAGAGAUGGUAUAGAGAGGGAAAAAUUCCAAUUUGAUGGAUUUGUCAAUAUACUUUUAAAACCAAUUGUAGACAAUGUAGAUAAAAUUGCUUUACACAAAAAAAAUAUUACAAUCAUUAGUAGAACACUAGUUAAACAAGGUACGCCUGAAGAAAAAAUCGAUAUUACUAAUGACAAUGACAAUGCAAAAACCGAUAUAUGGACUUUAACUUUGAAAGAACCUCUAGUAAAGGAUCAACAUUACAUUUUGAGAAUAAAUUAUACUGGUUAUAUGGGAGAUGAUAUGAAAGGUUUUUACAAAAGUAGUUAUAAGAAAAAGAAUGGCGAGAUUAUAUGGAUUGGUGCAACGCAGUUCCAAACCCACCACGCUAGACGGGCAUUUCCUUGCUUCGAUGAACCAGGAUUCAAGGCAACUUUUGAUAUUCAUAUUAAUCAUGAAAAGGAGUUCACAAAAGUUAUCAGUAAUACAAAACAAGUAGGCGACCCAAAAAAUGAUGGAGAUGACCGGAAAAUUGUAACCUUUUCUACAACACCCAAAAUGUCUACUUAUCUUGUCGCUUUCCUCGUAUCAGACUUUAUAGAAAAUGGUGAUUCCAACGAUCUUUCAAUUGUUGCACGUCCCGAAUAUGAAUCCCAAACACAAUACAGCUUACAAGCAGGGAAAACCUUGUUAAAAACGUUAGGAGAUUAUUUUGAAUUACCAUACAAAGAUCUUGGUAAUCCAAAAAUGCAUAUGGCAGCAAUUCCAGAUUUUUCGGCCGGUGCAAUGGAAAAUUGGGGUCUUCUUACAUAUAGAGAGCGUGCUCUAUUGAAUGAUGACAAAGAAACCACAGACAUGGGUCAGCAAAGCAUUUCUCUAAUAAUUGCACAUGAGCAAACACAUAUGUGGUUUGGUGAUUAUGUUACAUGUGAUUGGUGGAACCAUACUUGGUUGAAUGAAGGGUUUGCUACAUAUUUCCAAUAUUUCGGCUCUGCUAAGGAAUAUCCAAAAUGGGAUUUGGACAAGCAAUUUGUUGUCGAUCAAGUUCAUACCGUUUUGCCUAGAGAUUCGUUGAGUGAUACGCAUGCAAUGAGUGAUAAAAACAUAAAUUCUCCAACAGAUUUAGGUAAAAUGUUCGGUUCUAUUUCAUACAACAAAGGCGCAUCAAUAAUUCGUAUGAUUAGAUACUCCAUGGGUGAAGAAAAAUUCCAGAAAGCUAUUAGGAAAUAUUUAAAAGACAAUAAGGAAGGUAGUUCUAGACCAGCGUUGUUAUUCAAAGCUUUUGAUAGUGAAUGGAAACCUGAAAACUUAAACACAACUGAAUUUUAUUUAUCUUGGACUGAACAAGUUGGAUAUCCUAUUAUAAAAGUUAAGCUCUCUGAAGACCGUAAAAAAAUUGAAAUUGAACAGCAAAGAUUCCUGUUAGAAGAUGAUGCUGGAAAUGAAGAUCUUAUAUAUUAUGUACCAUUUACAUACACAACACAAAAGAAUCCGAAAUUUGGAACACCUAAUCCAGGAGACAUACAAUUUUUCAACAAAAAUUCUACGACAUUUUCGGUAUCCGAGGAAUUAGGUGAAUCAGAUUAUGUUAUUGCAAACAUUGAACAAAUGGGGUAUUUCCGAGUUUGGUAUGAAGAUCAUAUGUUACACAACAUUCAUCAUGCUUUAACAACUGAAAAUUUCGGUAAAAUUGGUGAAAUAAAUCGCGCACAUUUGAUUGACGAUCUAUUCAAUUUUGGACGUGCUGGUACUAUGAAAUACGACUUGAUAUUUGAUGUCUUGUCUUACCUUGAAAAGGAAAAACAUUACAUACCAUGGAAAGCAGCUUUUAGUGGAUUUAAAAAUAUUGAAGCAAGAUUAGGUAAAGAAAACGAUGAUCUAAAAAAAAGGCUGCAUAUGGCCCUACCGGCAGUUUAUGAUCAUUUGACAUUUAAUCAAACAAAUGAUGAAUCAAGGCUUGAUACUUAUAAUAGAGCAAACGUUUUAAGUUGGGCAUGUAAAUAUGACUUUAAAGAUUGUAAUGAAAACUCAAUGAAAUUAUUUGACGAUUUUAAAAAAGAUAAAAAAAACGCUAUUAAUAAAAACAUUCGUUCUGUUGUUUAUUGUUCUGCCGUAAGAACAGCUGAAAAUCUAACAAAUUAUAACUACUUAAAAGAUCAUUUUAUUUCAACUGAAACAUCAACUGAGCAAACGCUAGUAUUAAAUGCAUUAGGUUGCGUUAAAAAACAAGAACAUAUUAAAGCACAUUAUGAUUUUAUACUAUCCGAUGCUGUACGUAAACAAGAUAGACAAGCCGCCUUAAAUGCACUGAUUGCUGAAAAUCCAGAAAGCCCACAACAUGUAUUUGAUUUAAUUGUAAAUGAACAUGGAAAAUUAGGAGAAGCCCUUGGAGGAUAUGAAACUGAUGUAGCUAAUGUUGUGUUAAAUAUAGCAUCACAUUUCAAUUCAGAAGAGCAAAAGAAAUCAAUAGAAAAAUUCAGUGAAAAAUUGACCCAAGAAGCACCUAAAAACACAUUGAAAGAUGCCGUAAAAAGAGUUGAAAAGAAUAUGAGCUGGUUGGAUAAAUAUAAAGCAGAUUUAGUAAAAGGUCUAAGAGGUGGUGCAGCAGCUAUAACAUUUAGUGCAGUAUUAAUAGCAUUUACAACAAUUUUAAUGUAUAUGAAAGAUUUUCGCUUACUGGGCAUUAUUUUGCUCUUAAAUUUAUUCUACACAAUUAGAACUGCUCCAUUAGAAAAUGAAAUAGAAAAUGUAGACGAAAAAGAAGAGUACAGAUUACCAACAAAUGUUGUACCAACAAACUAUAAUUUGACAAUUAAACCAUAUAUUCUUAGAGAUGGUAUAGAGAGGGAAAAAUUCCAAUUUGAUGGAUUUGUCAAUAUACUUUUAAAACCAAUUGUAGACAAUGUAGAUAAAAUUGCUUUACACAAAAAAAAUAUUACAAUCAUUAGUAGAACACUAGUUAAACAAGGUACGCCUGAAGAAAAAAUCGAUAUUACUAAUGACAAUGACAAUGCAAAAACCGAUAUAUGGACUUUAACUUUGAAAGAACCUCUAGUAAAGGAUCAACAUUACAUUUUGAGAAUAAAUUAUACUGGUUAUAUGGGAGAUGAUAUGAAAGGUUUUUACAAAAGUAGUUAUAAGAAAAAGAAUGGCGAGAUUAUAUGGAUUGGUGCAACGCAGUUCCAAACUCAUUAUGCUAGGCAAGCAUUCCCAUGUUUUGAUGAACCAGGAUUCAAAGCAACUUUUGAUAUUCAUAUUAAUCAUGAAAAGGAGUUCACAAAAGUUAUCAGUAAUACAAAACAAGUAGGUGACCCAAAAAAUGAUGGAGAUGACCGGAAAAUUGUAACCUUUUCUACAACACCCAAAAUGUCUACUUAUCUUGUCGCUUUCCUCGUAUCAGACUUUAUAGAAAAUGGUGAUUCCAACGAUCUUUCAAUUGUUGCACGUCCCGAAUAUGAAUCCCAAACACAAUACAGCUUACAAGCAGGGAAAACCUUGUUAAAAACGUUAGGAGAUUAUUUUGAAUUACCAUACAAAGAUCUUGGUAAUCCAAAAAUGCAUAUGGCAGCAAUUCCAGAUUUUUCGGCCGGUGCAAUGGAAAAUUGGGGUCUUCUUACAUAUAGAGAGCGUGCUCUAUUGAAUGAUGAUAAAGAAACAACAGACAUUGCCCAACAAAGAAUAUCUUUAGUUAUUGCACAUGAGCAAACACAUAUGUGGUUUGGUGAUUAUGUUACAUGCGAUUGGUGGAACCAUACUUGGUUAAAUGAAGGUUUCGCUAGGUAUUUUCAAUACUUUGCUUCCGCUAAGGAAUAUCCAAAAUGGGAUUUGGACAAACAAUUUGUUGUCGAUAAUGUUCACACUGUUUUGCCUAGAGAUUCGUUGAGUGAUACGCAUGCAAUGAGUGAUAAAAACAUUAAUUCCCAAACAGAAAUACGUAAAAUGUUCGGCACAAUUUCGUAUAACAAAGGCUCAUCAAUAAUUCGUAUGAUUAGAUACUCCAUGGGUGAAGAAAAAUUCCAGAAAGCUAUUAGGAAAUAUUUAAAAGACAAUAAGGAAGGUAGUUCUAGACCAGCGUUGUUAUUCAAAGCUUUUGAUAGUGAAUGGAAACCUGAAAACUUAAACACAACUGAAUUUUAUUUAUCUUGGACUGAACAAGUUGGAUAUCCUAUUAUAAAAGUUAAGCUCUCUGAAGACCGUAAAAAAAUUGAAAUUGAACAGCAAAGAUUCCUGUUAGAAGAUGAUGCUGGAAAUGAAGAUCUUAUAUAUUAUGUACCAUUUACAUACACAACACAAAAGAAUCCGAAAUUUGGAACACCUAAUCCAGGAGACAUACAAUUUUUCAACAAAAAUUCUACGACAUUUUCGGUAUCCGAGGAAUUAGGUGAAUCAGAUUAUGUUAUUGCAAACAUUGAACAAAUGGGGUAUUUCCGAGUUUGGUAUGAAGAUCAUAUGUUACACAACAUUCAUCAUGCUUUAACAACUGAAAAUUUCGGUAAAAUUGGUGAAAUAAAUCGCGCACAUUUGAUUGACGAUCUAUUCAAUUUUGGACGUGCUGGUACUAUGAAAUACGACUUGAUAUUUGAUAUCUUGUCUUACCUUGAAAAGGAAAAACAUUACAUACCAUGGACAGCAGCUUUUAGUGGGUUUAAAAAUAUUGAAGCAAGAUUAGGUAAAGAAAACGAUGAUCUAAAAAAAAGGCUGCAUAUGGCCCUACCGGCAGUUUAUGAUCAUUUGACAUUUAAUCAAACAAAUGAUGAAUCAAGGCUUGAUACUUAUAAUAGAGCAAACGUUUUAAGUUGGGCAUGUAAAUAUGACUUUAAAGAUUGUAAUGAAAACUCAAUGAAAUUAUUUGACGAUUUUAAAAAAGAUAAAAAAAACGCUAUUAAUAAAAACAUUCGUUCUGUUGUUUAUUGUUCUGCCGUAAGAACAGCUGAAAAUCUAACAAAUUAUAACUACUUAAAAGAUCAUUUUAUUUCAACUGAAACAUCAACUGAGCAAACGCUAGUAUUAAAUGCAUUAGGUUGCGUUAAAAAACAAGAACAUAUUAAAGCACAUUAUGAUUUUAUACUAUCCGAUGCUGUACGUAAACAAGAUAGACAAGCCGCCUUAAAUGCACUGAUUGCUGAAAAUCCAGAAAGCCCACAACAUGUAUUUGAUUUAAUUGUAAAUGAACAUGGAAAAUUAGGAGAAGCCCUUGGAGGAUAUGAAACUGAUGUAGCUAAUGUUGUGUUAAAUAUAGCAUCACAUUUCAAUUCAGAAGAGCAAAAGAAAUCAAUAGAAAAAUUCAGUGAAAAAUUGACCCAAGAAGCACCUAAAAACACAUUGAAAGAUGCCGUAAAAAGAGUUGAAAAGAAUAUGAGCUGGUUGGAUAAAUAUAAAGCAGAUUUAAUAAAAGGUCUAAGAGGUGGUGCAGCAGCUAUAACAUUUAGUGCAGUAUUAAUAGCAUUUACAACAAUUUUAAUGUAUUUAAGUAAACAAAAUUUGUUGAUAAUAAUCAAGCGGUUCGCGCGGCCUCGCAUUGUAAAAUAUUAUUAUUACAUUAGAACAAUGCAUUCGAAAUUACAAUUAUUUAUAAUUUUUAGCACAGUAUACCUGUUCGAAUUUUCAUUAUCACAUCAAACUCUACAAAAUGAUUUCUUUAAAGAAGAAAUGACUACACAUCGAUUAAAAGGAUUAAUAGAACCAAUACAUUAUAAUAUUAAUUUAACGGUUUAUAUGACAGAUGAACUAAAACAAUUUACUUAUUACGGUCGUGUCUCAAUAUUAUUUAAAACAUUUUUAAGUAAUAUUAAUGAAAUUAUAUUACACAAAAGUGAUUCAAUUAGAAAUAUGUCAGAAAUAAUAUUUGAAAAUUGUUAUACUAAAGAACAUUUUCAAAUAAGUGAAAUUAAAAUUAAUAACGCUACAGAAAAAUAUGGUAUUGUGUUAGAUAAAUCAAUGCAACCGGGUAUCAUAUAUAAUUUAACAAUAGAAUUUAAGAAUAAUUUAUCAAAUGAUAUGAUAGGAUUUUAUAAAAGUAGUUAUAAAGAUGAAAAUGGAAAUAAAAAAUGGCUUGCAACCACACAAUUUAAUGAUAAACAUGCAAGGAAAGCAUUCCCAUGUUUUGAUGAACCAAAAUUUAAAGCAACUUUUAAUAUAACAUUGAAUCAUGAGAAACAAUUUAGUGCCAGAAGUAACACAAGAUUGUCAAACACAAUUAUAUAUGGAUCCCGUGCAGAUGAUACUUUUGAAAUAACUCCAAAAAUGUCAACUUAUCUGGUAGUAUUUUUAAUAUCAGAAUACGCCGAUAAAAGCUUUGAUAAUCACUUAACAGUUUUAGCUCCAAUUCAUAUUUUGGAUUAUUCUAAAUAUGCUUUGGAAACGGGAUCAAAAUCUUUGAAAGCAUUAAAUGAAUAUUUUCAAAUAGAUUAUGACGAAUUAGGUAUUGAUAAAAUGGAUAUGGCCGCCAUACCAGAUUUUGCAGCUGGAGCAAUGGAAAAUUGGGGUCUCUUGUUGUUUAAAGAGAAGUAUUUUCUCUACGACGAAAACACAACUUCAGAAUUAGAUAAACAACGAAUUGCAACUGUAAUAGCACAUGAACAAAGUCAUAUGUGGUUUGGAAAUUUGAUAACAUUGGAAUGGUGGAAUCAUCUGUGGGUGAAUGAAGGUUUUGCAAGAUUUUUUGAAUAUUUUAUACCUCAUACGAUAAAUUCUGAUUGGGAAUUGAAUAAAUUGUUUGUUUUUGAGCAAAUUCAUAGUUCAUUACUAAUCGAUUCACUUGAAGGAACGGGACCUAUGACGAUUCAUGAAUCAGAUACAUUACCAUAUAAUCCACCACCCGCAUACACAGUUGUUUCUUAUAAUAAAGGUGCAUCCAUUCUUAGAAUGUUUCAAUAUUGUAUGGGAAAAGAAAAUUUCAGGAAUGCUAUGCAGAACUUAUUAAUAGAAAAGAAAUUUCAAUACGCAACACCAGAAGACGUUUUAAUAAGAUUUCGAAAUAAAUGGAUUCAUAAAGAUGUAAAUUUUAUGCAGUUUUUCUCGGAAUGGACAGAGCAACCUGGGUACCCAGUUCUACAAAUUGAUUUAUUAGGUGAUAAAAAAACAAUUGAAAUAAAACAAAAGCGGUUUAUUUUGGAAGGAAACGCAACCAGCCCGGAACUUAACCCGAACCUACUAUAUACGAUUCCUAUAACAUUUACAACAAAUGUUAUGAAAAAUUUCACAAUUCCAAAAGAAGAAAAUAUAAUUUUUAUGAAAUCAUCUGAGUCGGUAAAGAAAAUUUUGAUUUCUGAGCAACCAAUUAAUUGGAUUAUACUAAACAUUCAACAAUUGGGCUUUUAUCGUGUAAAUUAUGAUGAAAAAACCUGGUUAAACUUAAAAGAAGCCCUGAGUAAAUCAAUAUCUGACAUAAAUGAAAUCAACAGGGCUAAUUUAAUUGAUGAUCUAUUUAAUUUUGCAAGAUCAGGUUUAUUAAAAUAUCAAUUUGUAUUCAAAAUUUUAGAAUAUCUUAAAGUAGAAACUGAAUAUAUACCAUUAUCAGCAGCAUUAAAUGGUUUUCAUUUUUUAAAAAUCAGAUUGGGUCAAGAAUAUGAAAAAGAAUUUAAUGAAUUUCUUGUAAAUAUUUUAAGCAAAGCUUACAAUGAAAAUGGUCUUGAAGAAAAAUCUAACGAUGAAUUAUUAAAAAUUUAUAAUAGAAGCAAAAUUUUAAAAUGGAUUUGUAAAUUUGGACACAGUGAUUGCAUUAAAAAAUCAUUAGAAUUAUUUGAAAGUGAAAUGAAGCAGAAGAAAAAAAUUCCAAAAAAUAUUCGAAAUGCCAUUUAUUGUACUGCUUUGGGAAAUUCAUUCGAUAAUGAAGCCAACAUAACUUUUGAAUAUACAAAAGAAGUUUAUAAAAAUAUGAAAAAUCCAACAGAUCAACAAUCACUUCUCGCUAUUUUAGGAUGUGUAAGCUCAGAAAGUAAUAUCAAACAACAUUUCGAUUUCAUCUUAUCAGAAGAUGUAAGAUUACAAGAUAAAAUGUUUGCACUUAAUUCAUUAAUUUCUGAAAAUGUCAAUAAAAUUGAGUACAUCCUAAAUUUAAUUGGUUCAAAUUUGGAUGUAUUGGGGAAAUCAUUUGGUGGAGGAGAAAAUUCAGUUAUAGGUGUUAUAUCAAAUUUAGCUCAAUAUUUUACAGAAGAUAACCAAAUUACACUAAUGAAAGAUUUUAUAAAUAAAUCAUCAUACUUUACUGAAUCAGGUCGAAAAUCAUUUAACAAAAUAGUGGAUAAAGUAAUUAAAAAUGUACAGUGGAAGAAAGAUCAUAAGGAUGAUUUGGAAAAAGCUUUACACGGUACUGGAAACAAGCAUGUCAAUAACUCUAUAUUGUUAAUAUUAUUAGGAAUAUUUUUAUAUUAUAUAAUUUAUUAAAUUUUCUUUAGAAAUAAGGUAAAUGAGGAAUUUUUAUAAUUAUCUAUAAUUCGUAAACUGAUUUUUUAAUUUUGAUAA